AUGGCAAACUUGUUGAAAGUGUAUUCGACUAAUGAGAGCGAUGUUGAGGCCAGUACUGAUCAUCCGCAGGAGAAACGCUUCGACUACUCCCAGAGAGCGCAAUGGCUUCGGGGAGUUGUGCUUGGAUGCAAUGAAGGCGUGAUGUCUUCAUCCAUAUUAGUGAUGGGUAUGUCUGUUUUUAUAGAUAAUACUAAUGAUCUAGUGAUCACUGGUCUCAUGGGCUUAAUUGCUGGAGCUUUAGCUAUAGCAACUGCAGAGUACAUAUCUGUCUACACACAAAUUGAUGUGGUAGAGGCUCAAAAUGAGCGCGACAGAAGAAGUGGUCGAGUUGGAGGUGGUUCGGCCCCGAGUCCAACUCAAAUAGGCUUGGCUGCAUCACUCACCUAUUUAAUUGGAGGGUUUGUGCCAAUACUUACUGCAUUUUUUGUGAGGCACCAUGUGCUGAGGUUUAUUGCGGUGGCGUUUGCGGCUUGUUUGUCCAUGUCAGGGGCCGGUUACUUUGCAGCAACACUUGGGAAGGCACCGGUGUUGAGAUCUUGUGCAAGAGUGUUGAUGGGAGGAUGGAUUGAGAUCGCGAUUAUGAUAGGGAAACGAAAGGUUCUCGAAUGUUAUGGACUCUAG